UCCAUGGCUAACCUGAUUCUACUUUGUUUUCUUUCUAUUUUAUGCUUUUCAUUAACAAGUCAUGCUGCAACAUAUGUUGUUGGGGAUACUUCUGGCUGGGACAUAAGCACUGAUAUUGAUUCAUGGGCUUCUGAGAAGAGAUUCAACGUUGGUGAUGUUCUAUCAUUCCAAUACUCAUCAUCUCACAGCGUGAGCGAGGUUGCGAAAGAAAGUUUCGAAACUUGCAAUACAACAAAGAGUUUAAGAACAUAUUCCAAUGGGAACACAACUGUAACACUGUCAAAUGCUGGAACCAGAUACUUUGUUUGUGGCAACAAGAUCCAUUGUCUUGGAGGGAUGAAGCUUCAAGUAAACGUAGAAGAUGAUAAAAAAUCUUCACCUGUCGGUUCCCCAGGAGCACAACCUGGAACUACAACUCAGCCAUCUUCAAAGAACAAUGAUUCUGCAACUGUUAUACCCAGUUCGGAUGGGUUCAUCAAUGGUGGAUUUCGAUCACUUAUAAUAACCUUCCUAUUUAUGGUCUCUAAAUCGUUAAGUCUAUUCCACAUUUGAGAAUAAAUAGUCAUAAAUAUGCACCCUUACUCCAUAUUGAUAUUAUAGUUGUUUUACAUAGUUGAAUACCAACAAAGAGAUCAUUAUUUUCUUGAUUUAGU